AAUUCCAUUAGCCUGAAUAGACACGCCCCACACACACAUUGACACAACUACACAAGGUCCAGGCCAAAUUAAAACAACUCAAAAAGUUGGACAUCUAGUUGGAUAGAGGGUAAUAGAGGUAUCUAACGGCAGGAAUUCCGAAUGAUCGGGUGAUCAGUAAUGAAAUUAACCAUUGUGAUGACAUGACGUCGAUUGUGAAGUGGACGGUUACAGGACCAAUUCCCCGUCGAGGCCUCAUCUAGACAGAGUUGGUUUGUGAACAAAAGUUUGGGUUACAGGAUUUUGGGAUGGAAUUCACUCUGCUGAUACAUACAUGUGGCACCCGAAUUCCACUUUAUCGGCCACAUGCCCAAUGUUGGUCAACUCCAAUAGGAAAUUGUGAUUGUAUUCCUAAAGACCCACACCCUCCACAUCAUGGACACACUAGGACUCAGCACUCCGUAUAAAGUAUGGCAGUGUUCUCAAUGUCAGGGGGACACUGAGUUCUACUGUAACACAUGUAAACGUGAUCUGUGUUUACAGUGUAAAGAGAAACAUGUCAUUGAUCUACAUACCAAACACCAUGAUGUUGUGAUUUACCGUGAGAAGUUUGAACAUUUACAAAAACAGGAGCCUGCCUUGCUUUAUGAUGCAAGAAAACAACAAGUAGAAAAUGAACAACUGGAACUGAUGUCCACACCUGUAUUACACACGUCUGUCUGUGUGACAGGUGUUAGUCACGGUGUGUUACACAUAUCUCGUGUGAUGUCAGACCGGGUCUGGGUCUCUGAUGAUUACAAUCUCAUCUUGACAGACACAACAGGAGACACUAUACACCGUGUGACAGAUAUAACAUGGUAUGGAGGAGGACACACAGUGAACAGUUCUGGUGAACUGAUUUAUAUAGACAGGAAACGUAACAUCAACAAACUGUCUACAGACAAUAAAACAGUCACCAGACUGAUACAGAGAACAUCACCAUGGGAACCAGUGUGUGUGUACUGCUCCCCGUCCACUGGAGAUCUGAUGGUGGGGAUGUAUAACUAUAAAACAGGCAAGGUAACCCGGUACAACAGUAGUGGUCAACACAUCCUGACCAUAGAACACGACCACACAGGUCACACGCUGUAUAGUUAUCCUCUCUUUAUCACAGAGAACAAUAACGGUGAUAUCAUUGUGUCUCACUGGAAUAAUUAUAACCGUGGUGCUGUAGUGGUGACAGAGCGCGGGGGGAGACAUCGAUUCUCCUACACAGGACCUCCAUCAGGAUCAUCACUAGAUCCACUAGGAAUCUGUACAGACGCGCUGUCACACAUCCUGGUGUGUGAUCAUAACACCUACACAGUACAGAUGAUUGAUAAGGACGGUCACUUCCUGUCUCUGUUACUGACACAACAACACGGGAUAAACAGACCACGCAGCCUGAACUAUGAUGAUAAAACUCACCUUCUCUGGGUCGGAUCAUUCAACACCAACACAGUGUCUGUAUAUAGAUAUCUACAGAGGAGGUACUCUCUGAAUGAUGAUUCAGUUGAUGAUGAGAAGAGGAUCUUCAAAUCCACUGAUGACAAAAACAUCUUGGAAGACACCAGCGAGAAAACCGAGUUAGAGUUGAGGUUAUCUCCAACUGGCAAGGAAAAGAAAGACAAGACCCCCCUUUCAGCAAAAAUUAUUCCAGAUUUUCUGCCUCCCUUCAUCAAACCCACAAGCACUGCACUUGAGAAAAAACUCCUAGUAUCCGAUGCUUUUUUGACAAGUAGAUUCAAACCAUCCAUUCAUUCAUCCUUACCAGUUUCAGAUUAUCGGUCUCCAUUCCGCGGAAUCGGACCACUUGAAGAGUGGCGGAGAAUAUCUCAAAAACAUCGUGGAAUUCAUAGAAACAAACCACUUAUUUAUUCAUCCAUACCAGAUGAUUCAGUUGAUGAUGAGAAGAGGAUCUUCAAAUCCACUGAUGACACAAACAUCUUGGAAGACACCAGGAAAAAAACCGAGUUAAAGUUGAUGUUAUCUCGAACUGGCAAGGAAAAGAAAGACAAGAUCCCCAUUUCAGCAGAUAUUAUUCCAGGUAAGAAGAGGAAAUUCUGGAAUCUUCAGAGUCCCAUGGAAAAUGAGGAUCCAGGACCAAGUGCAUCCAAACUGAAAAUACUUGGAGAAGCCAACUUAGAUUCUGCUGUUACAGAUGUUGUGCUUUUAUCAGAACAUGAGAAUACUAGCAGUGGUGAUGAUAUGUCUGUUGAUGGCAAAAUGUCAUCAGAAGAAAUAAAACCAUUGAAGGGUACCAGUAAGUAUGGGAGCUGGUCUACCAAUAAGCCUGCCAUUCGAUCGCAUGGCAAGAGACUACCACACUAUUCGAGUAGACUGGGAAAAACACAGAAAGCUAAAAAGAAACAUGAUUCGGUUGAUGAUGAGAAGAGGAUCUUCAAAUCCACUGAUGACACAAACAUCCUGGAAGACACCAGCAAAAAAACCGAGUUAAAGUUGAUGUUAUCUCGAACUGGCAAGGAAAAGAAAGACAAAACACCCCUUUCAGCAAAUAUUAUUCCAGGGAGCUGGUCUACCAUCAACGAGCCUGCCAUUCCAUCACGUGGCAAGAAAAAACCACACUCUUCGGGUAGACUCGAAAAAACACAGAAAGCUGAAAAGAAGCGUGCUUCAUUCUUAAGAGGGAAAACCAAGAAAUAUUCUUACAUCAUGACAGAAGAGAUGAUCACUUUCAACAAAAAACUGGAACAAUUGAGAGAAAAUGCGGAGGCUGAUAUCCGAAUCCAUGCGCUGGUUAAUUCUCUGAAUAUCGAAACAAAAUUUCGCAGGCUCUGGAGAAGUGAACCAAUAAACCAGGCUUAUGGCGAAUUCAUUUGUAACCUUGAUUAUUUAGACUGUGUUGGUCUUGGUGUUGGCAUCACUAUGAAGCCAUUCAAUCAGUAUAUACAACCAUUCUAUGGGCGCAGAGUCAAUGACUUUCUAGGAUGGAUGAAAGACUGCGUGAAAGUCCUCGGUAAAACACGAUCAACACAAUGGGGCAGUGUUUCUUCCAUUUUGUUUGCCAUCUAUGCAAAAGAGGCUAUUUUGGAGUUCAAGCCAAAGGAACUUGCAGAAAUCCUUGAUUACAGUAUGCGAUGUGCAAUGGAGAACGAGAAUUACCUACUGGUCUUUGAGAUCGUAAGGAUAUACAUAUUUGAUCAUGUUAUUCAAUUACAAAGAAUCUUUAAAGAUACCAAAGGAGUAAGUCCCCUUAUUAUUGACAUAAUCCUACAAACAUCGAGAAAAAUGAUUUUGAGAAAAUUUCCAAACCUUCAAAACAAUGCCAUUGUUCUGUCUUUCUGUUGGGAGUGCGGGCAGGGAAUUCUAACCCGGAUGGUGUUGAUCAUGUCAUACAAAGGAAGUAUAGAAAUAACCGAUAGCAUUCCAGAUGAAGUCAUGGGAUUCAAACUUGUCCUGCAUAAUCUCGCACAUCUGUCGGAUGAAGCAUCUCAAGUUUUCAAAUCAAUUCCAGUUUCAAAGAAAAUUCCAUUGCCAACAGUCACAGAAAGUGAGGCAAGAGAACUAUUUAGCAAACACUCAAAUCUCACAAUGAUAUCAGCCUCACCAUAUAAAUCAGUGGGGUAUUCCAAGGGGAAGCACAUAGUUGUAGAGAAACUUUGUAUCAGUCUGUUUUGUCUACACAAAGGCUACAUUCCUUACGGAGAAGAACAGUUUCCAAAGAAAAUCAGAGACGUGGAAGUGGAUGUUCAGGAGGGAUACUGCUACUUCGGUGCUGGAAGAUCACUAGAAUUAGGAGGGCACAUCAAGCGUCUGGGGAGUGGGAGUAUCGGGGGAUUUGUAUAUCUCCCCAAUAAUAAAGUCGGGUUGAUAACAUGUGCUCAUGUUGUAUUUUCAUCGGAAGAAAUGAUGAAUGGGCAGCUUACAGAUACUUCUCAAAUUGAAGUCGAGGCAUUUGAUAAAAGACACCAUUCCUAUAAAGUAUGUGGCAAAUGUAAAUGUGCAAAGUUCCCACAAUAUAACAUGAUUGGACAACCUGUUUCGAAGCCAGAUCCUAGUGUCGAUGCAGCUUUAAUUGAACUUGACCAAGAUAUUGACACCUUUGAGUUUAAGGCUGGGAUCUCUGAACAGUUGCAAUCUGCAGGUUUUGACCCGAGUAAUCCCCCAGUAUUUUUUGGAGAAGUUGUACCUUUGCCUGAUCCUGUUCCUGUCCACAGAUUAAUUGAAAGAAUUCCAAACAACUCAGACAUUGUUGUAAAAUAUGUAACUGCAACAGGAACAGUCAUUGGUCAGGAUUACCUGAGCAAUACAACUUCUGGAGAGGUUACCUCUCUGUCUGAUCCAGAUCCUGUGUUCAAAGUUAGUGGAAGUAUUCCAAACAAAUUAGACAGUGUCGUGAAAUAUGGCGCUGUAACUGGAUUUACCAUUGGUAAUCUUUAUCAUAGUCCUGUACAUGUACGAUUUGUUCAAGAAAAUCUCAACUUACCAGGGAAUUUACACUCCGCUGUUAUGUGUGAUCAAAUAGAAAUUCAGAAUCUGCCUCAAGGACAGUUCUUUAAGGUUGGUGACUCUGGUUCGUUUGUCUUUUGUAUCAAUCCUGAUAAAACACUCAGCUGUCUGGGGAUGGCAGUUGGACUGUCCACACGAGAAUCCUGUUUAGUGACUCCUAUCGGCAGAAUCUUAGACAAUUUGUGUCCUGGUGCUCGUUUAAAAUCAUGUGGUUCUUCUGGAACAUCGUCACUACAUUCAUCAAACACUCACUUGAAGCAGCAAUCAAGUGACACUGUUUCAUCUCAUGCAGCAUUACAGUCUAUUUUGGGGGAAAUGAUGAUAACGAUGCAGUCGAAUUUUCAUGCUUCGUUACAGGAUGUACAGAGAAAUAUUGAAACAAAUUUCCAAUCUUCGUUACAGAAUGUUGAAAGGAAUUUUCAAGUUUCAUUACAGAAUGUACAAAGAGAAGUUCAAACUUUACAAAGUCAAGUGAAACAAACUGAAGAUUCCAAAACUCAGUCAUCAUCCAACCAAUCCAGUGCCAAUCAAAAUUAGAAUUAUGGGGAAGCAUGUCAGAUUGAAAAGCUUGAAAUAUUAUUUGUAUAAAACAAUAUUUUGAUAUAUCAAGGUGUUGAAUAUUAUGGUAUAUUAUGUUUUAAACAUAUGAAUAGUUCAUAUCUCUAUGGUGUUGUAUCAAUAUGUAUACUUGUGUUUUUAUUCCGGAAUUUAAUUUUACAAUAUAGCAGUGCUUACCAGC